AUGUCGCGCGAUUACUCCGAUCUCCAAGUCGUCCCAGACAGGUCUUAUCCAGAGGUGGUACCGCAGUUCGAAAAGGACCCAAAAGAGAAGGUCCCCGUCGAACCGCUCCAGCAGGCCACACCUCCAAGGAGGAUCUGUAGUCUACCCCCGAAGCGAUUCUGGAUAAUUGUUGUCGCCCUCGUGCUCACCACAGGCGCGGUAAUAGGAGGUGCCGUAGGAGGAACACAGGCCAACAAGUCCAAGUCCAACGACGAUACCCCGAGUAGCCCAGCUACUACAGAAGCCGACCAAGCCACGACCGAACCUACCAAGACGUCAACAUCCACAACGGCCAGUCUCUCCACGAGAACACUCAUCGGUCCAACCCAAACCCUCUACCGCGACUGUCCCUCCUCCAACGACACCAUCUACGAAGCCCUCGGUUCGUCCAACUACCUGUUCCGUAAACGCUGCAACGUCGGCUUCGCAGGGUCUCCCGACAACGUCGUCAACAUACCCGCCACGAGCCUCGACGAUUGCAUCGACAGAUGUGCUACUUACAACGAGAACAACAAGGCCGAGAUUGCCUCAAGGGAGAGCAACGUUUGCAAUUCUGUCUGCUGGAGGUACAGGGUCACGGGAGAUGACUGGCCCGGCCAGUGUUUUGGGUCUACGAUACAGAACUCUACGAGUAGUGGGUUUCCUGUUGAUGAGGAUCAGAUUGAGUGUGACUCCGGGGCUUGGAUAAAUCAGGAGAUACCGGGCAGGGAUGGGUAG